UGGCUGUGGCUAUGAGCAGCAUGAAUCAGCAGAAGUGAGUGUUACACACCUUCAUGCACUCUCUAUACUCUGUAUUUGUCGUAAAAUAGUCACAGCCCCAGACAUGGGCUGUGCUGCACUUGAACAUGCAAAGCUUUUGAACUGGUUGCUGUUGCUGUUGAGUCUGAUAUCCUGUUCUGCUGCUGCUUAUGUGGAUGAGCCCAACCUGGGCAAGAGCUUCUUGCCUCAUCGUGAACCUGAUCCUGGGGGUACUGUUGACUCUUCACAAGAUACGAGGCUACAUGUUUUCACGGUGGACUAUGACUAUGUGCAAAUUCCCUAUGAAGUUACUCUUUGGAUCCUCCUUGCCUCUCUUGCAAAAAUAGGUUUUCAUAUCUAUCACCGAUUACCAAGACUCAUGCCUGAAAGCUGCAUCCUGAUUGCCAUUGGAGCACUGGUAGGAGCAAUCAUCUUUGCUUCGCAUCACAAAUCUCCACCAGUGAUGAACUCAAGUAUUUACUUCUUGUAUCUCCUUCCACCCAUUGUCCUGGAGGAGGGUUAUUUCAUGCCAACUCGCCCAUUUUUUGAAAACUUUGGGUCCAUUCUGUGGUGGUCUGUUCUGGGAUCUCUGCUAAACUCAUUUGGGAUUGGCCUCUCCCUCUAUGGAGUCUGCCAGAUCAAAGCCUUCGGCCUGACCGACCUGAACCUGCUGCAGAAUCUGCUCUUUGGCAGUAUGAUUUCAGCAGUGGAUCCUGUGGCAGCGCUGGUAGUUUUUGAAGAAGCCUCUGUUAAUGAGCAGCUUUACAUGAUGAUCUUUGGAGAGUCAUUGCUAAAUGAUGGCAUAACUGUGGUGAGUUUCUUUCCACUCCUUGUCUUCCCUUCUUUGGAGAUUUUGUUUGGUUGGUUGGGUUUCUUUGUUGUNNNNCUGGGUGGUGUAUUGUUUGGGAUUGUAUUUGGAUUUGUUUCAGCAUUCAUGACUCGAUUCACCCACAACGUCUCUGCAAUCGAGCCCCUGCUGGUCUUCAUGUUCAGCUACCUGUCAUACUUGUCUGCUGAAACCCUUUACAUCUCUGGCAUUUUGGCGAUGACAGCAUGUGCAGUGACAAUGAAAAAAUAUGUGGAGGAGAAUGUGUCCCAGAAUUCUUAUACUACAAUAAAAUAUUUCAUGAAGAUGCUAAGCAGCAUCAGUGAGACCCUGAUUUUUGUGUUCAUGGGAGUUUCUACAGUGGGGAAAAACCACGAGUGGAACUGGGCCUUCAUUUGCUUCACUCUGCUCUUCUGCCUCAUUUGGCGGACACUGAGUGUAUUUGCUCUCUUCUACAUCAGUAACAAGUUCCGAACAUAUCCCUUUACUGUCAAAGACCAGCUCAUUAUUUCCUACAGUGGCCUUCGAGGAGCCAGCAGCUUCUCUCUUGCAUUCUUGCUUCCAGUGCAUCUCUUCCCCAGAAAAAACCUGUUCAUCACUGCUACUCUUGUAGUUAUAUAUUUCACUGUGUUCAUCCAAGGAAUCACAAUUGGACCAUUGGUCAGAUAUCUGGAUGUCAAAAAGACAAACAAAAAGGAAUCUAUCAAUGAAGAAAUACAUGUGCGAUUGAUGGAUCACUUGAAGGCUGGUAUUGAAGACAUAUGUGGACAUUGGAGUCAUUAUCAGCUGAGAGAUAAAUUUAAGAAGUUUGACAAUAAGUAUCUGAAGAAAAUUUUAAUUCGGCAACACCAGCCCAAAUCCAGUCUUUUGUCAUUAUACAAAAAGAUGGAGAUAAAACUGGCCAUAGAGAUGGCUGAGAGUGGCAUGAAAAUUUCAAAACCAUCCACUGCUUCUUUACAGAGUGGCAGGAACCGCCGUGCACACAGGCUGUGCCCCGCAGAGGUGGAGUCCAUGAGAGAUGUCCUGGCACACAAUCUGUACCACGUGCGACAGAGGGCACCACCAUACAACCGACACAACCUACCUACCAACACAAAUGAGACACAAGCGCAAGAAAUCCUCAUCCGCCGGCAGCACAGCCUGAGGCAGAGUUGCAGGAAGGGAAACAGCUUGCCCUGGAGUAGACCGGUUAACACCACGGAAGUACGCUACCUCUCUUUGCCUCAGGGCCCCAGACAGACCACUAGAGGAAAAGCCAGGCACGUUACUUUUACAGAUCAGCAUAGAAGUGGCUCUGAUGCUGCAUUACCAUUAAUGUUCAGACCCCAGCCCCGACUACGGCCACUCGAAGCAAAGCACCACCAAGAAGAGCUGAUUCCAAUGGCACACUUAGAUAGACAAGCAGGUCCGUCCAAUCUGUCAGGUCGAAGAGGAAAUUCAAUCAGCCAUCAUCGUUUCACCAGAGCAGACAAUCUAGCUCUAAUGCCAAAGUCUCGGUUCACUGUGAGAGAAGUAGAGGAGUAUGAGUCAGAAGAAGAGACAGAAACAAUGGCACCAGCCAGGUCAUUAGUUAUAUGAGGAGCAGAGAAGACCAGUGUUUGCAUCUCUAGGGCCCCUUGUGCACUGCUCCAAAAGAAAUAACAAAGCUCUUCUUAUAUGAACCAAACUAUGAUUUUCCUUUUGGGACCAGUGUCCUUGUUCUUGUAUCACUUUCAAGCACUGUAUCAAGUGGCUCAGAGAAGACUCAAAUUUUUAAAUGUUUAUAUCAAGCUUUCUUUCCAACAAAACACUGCAGGAAAGAGGAGAACAUGAUCUUUGCAGAGGUUUGAACCUGGAUUUAAGCAACAGUAGUAGGGCUCAGGCAAUGCUAUGGGUAGAAGCUGAUACUGCCUUUGUUCUAUAUUAUGGCCUGCAUCCAGAGGAAAGAAAUUUGUAAAGGCAUCCUUGACAUGCGAAUGCAUAGAUUGAUGACUUGCACAGAGCUUUUGACCUCAGAGUAGCUGAGAUAUUCCAGGAAAAAGUUAAAAGCAGAAAGGCAUUUUUAGGGCUUUUAAACUGAAGGUGCCUAAACAAGACCUUAAGUCAAAAGGAUUUUUAGUGGACAUUUUCAGCACUUGGGAAUUUUUUGUCAGCUCAGAUUUUGGCUCUGAAAAAGUGCCUAGUUAGUUGCUGUGAUGGCCUGUAACUCCCUGUACUUAAACCAAUUUCCUAUCACCUGCCUACAUUGGAUGAAUAAAGGAGGUAUCCUUGUAUGCACAAAUCCAGAGGACUCUUCAGGCAGGGUGCUGUCAGGAUACCUUUUACUUGUAAAUGUGGGAUGGCAAGAACAUACACAAUAUUCUCGUAAUUCAGCAAGUGGAGGCUUCAUUGUAGAGUAUCUAAUCUCCAUUCCUCACUCCCACUUUGUCUGCCCAAAAUAGGUGGACCAUUCUUCACAGUAAAACUGGACCAGCACUGCAGGUGGGAAGUAAGAAACUGGGAUUAAAGGUAAAGGCUAACCUUGUAGCCUGCUGACUAGCAGGAAAGAGAGGCCCUGUGUUUUGCUCCCAGAUUUUUGUAAUGUGUCUGUCUAUAUGUCGCACAGAGAAGUAUUUACCAAAAAAGCAGAAAUAACCAGAAGGUCAUGCACUGAAGCACAUGACUUCCCAACCUUUCUGUGGAGCUCCCUUCCAAGUGUUUCAGUAUGCCCAUGCUCCACUCUCAAUGGUAGGUCUCCCUAGUGGUAGGAUAAGCAAGAAGUAUGGUCUUAAGUAAUUUUAGAUAAAGGCUAAGUCCGAGACACCUAGUCCCUCUGAUGGAGCUCUUUUCUGCAGCAUUGCCACUGUCACCUGUGUCUUGAAACUGUACAUGAGCUGAUUUUAUCCAGAGGGAUGAACUGAAUCCAGAAGUCCAUCAACCCAUCCUUACAGCUCAAAUCUAUGGUUAAGAAAUGCACCAAGGUCAGACAUGUUUUUGUCAAGUUUCCUUCUCUCUCCUCCACUCAGAGCAUACUUAGCUGCCCAACUCAGGGUCUGUAAAUGCUACUCCAAGAGUCAGAGAGAUAAGAAUUAGAGAGAGCGGUGCCACCUGUAUGUUUUUUGUGGUUUUUUUCCUAUUGUUGUUAAGCGUUUGUAUGUCCCGGUCCAUAAAAAACUUAUAAGCGUAAGUUAUGACUUCACAUUUCUUACAAAGGAUUUCUGAAUCAGGACAGGUAGAAUUUAACUAAGAAAUUUAAAAAGCACCAACAGAGGAAAAAAAUAAAAGCCCUUUCCCCCCUUUUCUCAUGAUUGCAGCUUUUAUGCUUAGCAGGUCAUAAUGAAUCAUCUGUAUUGAAAUUGUACAAAGCUUUAUGAAACUCAAGUUCUGUUUGUAUUUCCUUAUUGUGCCAGAGAAAUUAUACAACUUCCUUUUAUGAAAACACUGGUACAUUAUUAAAACAGGGUAGGAUUUUGCUUUUGUAUCGACACUGAAUUAGCAAUGAAAUACAGUUAUG